AUGGCUCUCAACAGAUCUCACCCAGUGAAAUUAAGUGGUGAUGUCAAUAGAAUCUUAUUCGUUAAAAACUUGAAUUACAAAACAAAAGGAGAGGACUUGUACGAUUUAUUUGGAAAAUAUGGUGCUAUUCGUCAAAUUCGAAUUGGAAAUGAUGCGAAAACUCGAGGUACAGCAUUCGUCGUGUAUGAAGACAUUUUAGAUGCCAAAAAUGCAUUCGAUCAUCUUAAUGGAUUCCAUUUACAAGAACGAUACUUAGUCGUCUUAUACCAUCAAUUUCAACGUCAAGCGGCCAAAGCCGAUUUAGCAAAACGAGAAGCCGAGCUAGCUGCUCUCAAGAAAGCUCAUAAUAUCAGUGACGAAACUACAUGA